UUUCCAUGCAAGAGUUUGACCGCGGGAGAACCAAACAACUAACGUGUAGCUUCGCAAUCUUGACUCGUUCAAAUGGUACGAACCAAAAUUUCAAACCGUGUAAAAUUAAACUUGGUAGGGUUACUACUACCAUAGAUCCGUUAUGCCAUGCUCCGUAUAUAUAUACAUAAAUAAAUAAAUAAAUCCACACAUAUAUUAACAAACAAAGUUCACAAUGAAUGAUCAUCAAUUGUUGGUGAAGGUUAUGCUGGUCAUUUGCACCGUCUGCCUCCUCGUCACCUCCGGAGGAGCUAAAGGCGGCGGCGGCGGCUUCCGUGGAGGACUACGAGGAGCUGGAGGCGGCUGGGGCCGCGGGAGCGUGACACCCAUUACCGGCGGCAGAAGCAGGGGCUGGAGUAAUGGUAAUAGAGCGCGUGCGAUUCCGGUGGUUCCCCACUACGGAAACCACCACUACCACCAGUCUAGCGGUGCCGCCGGCUACCUGUCGUCGGCCGCCGCCAUUGGCGUUACCACUGCAGCACUGUUCUUCUCUCUAUGUGGUUUUCUCUAAUAAUAUUUCAUUGCUUAAGUUAUAAGGGAAAUUUACCUAAAUAGGACUAAAACAUAAUGACUUUCCCAAUAUAGGACUAUAUGUUUUUAUUUCCCAAUGUAGGAUCUUUGGUCAUUAUGAUGUAGUCAUUAUUCAAAUAAAUGUCUAUCUUUACAAGACAUUAUUCCUCCCAUGAAGUCAUUAUUAAGUCCUAUUUAGGGAAUAAAAAAGUUUAAGUCCUACAUUAGAAAAGUCAUUAUGUUUUAGUCCUAUUUAGUGCAAAUUUCACAAGUUAGAAAUCAUUCUUCCAUUUCAUUCAUUAAUCCUUUUUUUUGUAAAUCCCAGAUUUCGACUUGUUUGGGGAAUUAAAUCUCACCAUCGCCU